GAGUGUGAGCAACCAUUACGCUUCGUCGGCUGCUUUUGCCGUGUAUUUUCUUGGCGCAUAUGCGAUGCUUCUUCGAAGGUGGCUUUAAAUAUACCACCAACCCUGGUGGGAACUUGUAUCCUCCUGGUGGAUGCCUUGGUCUCGAAGCUCAGCUAGUCCUUGUUCGAGACAACCGAUCGUGCAUGGCGUGUGAUCACUACCGUUCUAUUCGCUCGCUGCUGCUGGCGUGGUUGCUGCUGCAGUGUUGGGGCUCCGAUGGCCGGGUCAAUGCUGCGAUCCAGCUGCAGGAUGAUGGCGGUUACGUGGACAUUGUCGUCGCUGUUCAUGAAGCGCUGCCUGUGGAGUCCCAGCUUGUCGAGCAGCUCAAGUCUGUCCUGUCACGCUCCUCGGCUUUUCUCCACCGCGCCACUCGAGGCCUGGUGUACUUCCGUGAGGUGACCAUCGCCCUGCCUCCCCAUUGGCCACCAGCUGAGCAUGGGGAUGCACUGGCCUCCCUCCAUGCGAAUGCACCGAUCCGUAUCGUGACCAGCGAGCAAGCGCAAUGGCCGCGCACCGUGCAGCCGCGUCCAUGUGGCGAAGCGGGCGAAUACACUCUGCUGCCCGUUGCUGCCCUCAGGGAUCCCCAAGCAGACUACCUGGUGGUGCACGAGUGGGCGCACCUGCGGUACGGAGUCUUCGACGAGUUCGGCUCCCCCAAGGACCCACUCUACCCUGCUGUCUACAUACGGGAAGGACAGGCGAGAAGGCAUACUUGUCUGCGUCUGGCGCGUGAUGACGAGCAGCACGGGUGGACGCUGAAGGCGUGCGACGUGAAUAAGCGGGAUGAGGCGACAAGUCACGUGUCGAAGAUCUCCGUGCCCGAGUGCCUAGAGGACGAUGUCAUGAGCCUGAGGAAGAGCAGUACCCGAUGA